GCUACCUAGGCAUUGUUAUAUUUACUGGGCAACCAUCAGGGCUUAGUAUGCCGUCCCUAUAUCCCAAAGAGCUGUCGCUUGUGAUAUAGUGAAGCUGUCAAAUAAGAACAUGAUGGCAGCCCCCAACGUUGAUGGCCCUCUGGCAACGGGUUGCAUCGAGUCCAGCGACACUGUCCGCCACUGAUCUCAUAUCCAUGGUGGGUUCGACCAGCAGGCUGUUGAUGGCUGCCAUCCGCUACUACACGUGCAAUAGCGAGGAGUGAAGCUCUCUAUGCACAACGUGGCCAGAUUCCCUUCGCUGUCUACAAGAUCCUCGGACGCUUGAGCGGCCCUGACCAUAGAUCUGAAACUUUGAGCGUCGGUCACUCGCCUCAAAUGAGAGGAACAUAAUGCGACUCGCAGAGAACUUGAAGGCGAGGCCUUAGUUUCUCGAGUCGCCCUCCGACCACUCGAUCACCGUGGCCGAGAUGGUGCGCACCGCCAGCAUGGCCGCACCGGACGCUCUGAUGGAUCCCUGAACUGGUGCAACACCGACCCGGACUGCUUCCUCUGGCGCUGGGAAAGCGCUAACCCGAUCGCUCCCAUCUACCAAUGGGAUCUCCUUGUGACCGAGAGCAACCGUUUACCCAGGCUGGCCGCUUCUUGACGUGCCAAAUGGAGCGAAACCGACGGCGACAACAUCAACAGGUACCCGUUGGCGGCAAUAUGCGGCACGACAGUGAUGGGCUACGACAUCGUCGCCAACACCGUCAGCCGCCUGGCCGACCGAGCAUUGGGGUCUGCAAAAUCGAAAGGGGAGGUCUCAGCCUUGCCGAGCCUUGUGGUUUAGCUACCAGGUAGAAAGGCCCGGUGAGCCUGUCGUGUUUAGUCAAUGCUCUCUCCAGGCUCUGUGAUGAGACAAGAAGUCUUUCACACAUGAGCACUUAUGGCCGCCUUGAUAUUCCGGGUAUUUCUUUCUCUGAGCUAUCAUCUUUGCCAGUAACCCCAGCCUCCCGGGCACGGAUGCUAGGGGGCAGCACCCUUUCCUGACUUCCCAUACCGAGUAGUGGAAUCGGCAAGUCGUCCCAUCUCUUUCCUUGUUCGAAGGUGUAACUUUUAUUAGUAAAGAGUACCUAGGAAUUGACCUCACAUUCACAACCGAGAAUCUUGUGCCUUGGCCUCAGUUGAUUCAAGUUUCACCUUGGCACCCGAGUCGGUAGAGCUGAUUGAGUCACGUGCCAGUCCGGUUCUCUGUGAGGCUUCGGGGUUGAAGUUGUACAAGGCUCAGCACUCGAAGCACCUCGAACAGUCGGAGUCACCGGCGGGGAUUGAACAGUGGAGACACGUGACAGUCAGGUUGUCACUCAACUCGGGUCACGCGUCAGUGUGUCACUGUCUGGAGUCGUGCCUGAUGCCGUGCCUGGCGCAGUGGGCUGCGUUGACGUCAUUCUGUUCGUGAGGCUUCUGUGUGUCCUUAGAGACGUCAAUUCAAAAAGGACACACACUGCCCAUUGUAGCUACCUACCAUUUCAAUUCCACAGCUAGUUACAACAGUUUGAACAAUCAGUACAAGCAACACUACGACUUCUAAACCUCCAAUCUCCCACUCAAGCGAUACCAACUCACCGCUUACUUUACUACCUGCGAACGACUUCCAAUCCAGUCUUGUGACCACCUACCUCAAAUUAUCUCUACAUUUCUCAGUCACACACCAGACAUCAUGACUAAGUCAAACACUGCUCGCGGAAACCUCACCAAGGUCUUCUACAAGGGCGAGACCGACGACUUCAUUGUCAUUGUCGAAUCUCCCGAAGACCUCGCCGCGUGGAAGAAGGACAAAUCGAUUCCACUGGCACAGGUCGUGAACUCAUUCAAGAUCAUGGUCACCCACAAGCACGGCGCACAAGGUCAAAUGGACGGAGCUUCCAAGGCCAGUCUGGAGAACGAAUUCGGCACUUCGGACGAAGACCAGAUCAUUCGGAAGAUCCUCGAGGAGGGCCAGCCACAAACUGUUCCGGUCUCCGAGAAACCAGGCACGCGCAAUGAAACCAAGGGUGCAGGAAGACAAGGUCACCCCAACGCAUAGACGCACACGGCUCAUGACACGGCGCUCCUCCGUCUCUAAGUCUCGAGGCUGUCUCGUGUGCUGUGCUUAGGUUGAAGCCACUGCACGCGACAAAAAAGGAGAAAAGUCAUGCGUUGCUGAGGUGGAAUCCUGGAGCAAUGGGAUCAUGCUGCUGUCGAGAAGAGCUCGAAGAGACGCAUAGAGACGGAAUGAGCCCCAAUGAUGCAUCGACGACCAAUAUGUCUGUGGCGUUGCAUGCAUGCAUUGCUAUCAUGCACUGCCCACAGGAGCUGUGCAGUGUCGUAUGAACCAGUCGCAUGAUUGACGAACACCCUUCUUCGGACCCAUCGACGUCCUGAAGUAAGGGACACAAACAGCUUAGCUGACUUUCGUAGCAUCAGCUGAAUACAACUGCAUAAUUGCACCCUCAGCUGCCAGUAUGUCUAGUCAUUUUUGAUGUGUUCUGCACUAGCAUGUUUAUUGUUCUCCGUGCGCCUGUGAUUUUCCCCGACACUCACCCUGUGCACGCACGGACACGCAGUCACCAAUCCCGCCAGAUAGGAGCUAUGUGCAGCUACCCCUAGUAAAAGAAAUAGAAAAGGGAGUUCGGCUAAAGAUGGUUAUAGUUUUACCGGGUGAUUACGCUGCCAUGCCCCUUGAACUUAUGGACUU